AGGUUAAAACGAGCUAUCUGGCGAGAAAGCCUAAAUUGGACAAAAAUCGCCUGCCUUCUUUGACCCGUCGCCCUCUCUCUUUUUCUGUCUUUUCUUCUCCAAUCACAUCCAAACGUUUUUUUCUGCAAAAAUCCAUUCCAUUCACACACCUUUAUACAAUUUUCCCAGAAAAAAUUAUUGGGCAAGUAUUUUUAUAUAAAUCGCAUGUUGCACUUGUUUUUUGGUUGACCGGAAAAGUCUUUGUCUUUGUGGAAAAAGAAGGAAGCUUUGCUGUGGGAGAAUCUUUGAUUCAUCUGUGUUUUCUGCAAGGGAAUAUCUCAGAUCAUUGUCAAAGUAAUUUAUAUAGCUACAGAGUGCUCUUGCUAAGAUUGAAAAAAAAAAAAAAGAUUAGUGCCACAACAAUUUAUAUAAGCUACAAAGUGCCUUUGCUGAAAUUGGAAAGAAAAAAAAGGAUUCUCUACACAAAAGAUAGAGGGAUGGAGUUGAUUGGGUUCUUUCAAGUUUUCAACAUCGUCGUCAUCGCCAUCGGGACUCUGUUGUACAUGUACUGCAGAUCAUUGACGUUUUCUUCCUCGACUUCUUCUUCUGGUGCUGCUGAUGCUGCUGUUGAUGAUAACGAUGAUGGUGUUGAUAAGCCCCCUCGUCGAGAAAAGUAUGAUGUGUUUAUUAGUUUCAGAGGUGAGGACACCCGCCUUACUUUUACCAGCCAUCUUCAUAAAGCUUUGGAAAGGAAGAAAAUCGAAACCUACAUAGACUACAGGCUGAAUAAAGGAGACGAAAUUGAACCCGCCCUACUAGAAGCAAUAGAGAAAUCAAGGCUUUCGGUGAUCAUUUUCUCCAAAAACUAUGCGUCUUCCACAUGGUGCUUGAAGGAACUUGUGCAUAUACUCAAAUGCAAGAAAAAAGACCAGAUGGUUGUACCCAUUUUUUACGACAUCAGUCCAUCAGAUGUGCGAAAACAAAAGGGGAGUUAUGCAGAUGCAUUUGCUCAACUUGAAAAUCGUGAGGACUCCAAGGAUAAGGUGAUCGGUUGGAAAGCUGCUUUGGCGGAAGCAACCGGUUUAUCUGGGUUUGAUUUUUCAAACAAAAAAGGGACGGAUGCUGAUUUCAUUGAAGAAGUUGUGAAAGAUAUUUCAACUAAAUUGAAACGUGAAACCGCCGCAUAUGAUUUAAAGGGCUUGGUUGGAAUGACAAGCCGCAUCGAGCAAGUUGAAUCAUUAUUAAGCAUUGAUGGUUCGGUAAAUGUUCUCACUGUAGGCAUUUGGGGUAUGGGAGGUAUUGGAAAGACCACCCUUGCCAAGGCUCUGUUCAAGGGACUCUCUUCUCACUUCGAAGCUUCUUGUUUUCUUUACAAUGUUAGGGAGAAAUCAGAGCAAAAAGAUGGAAUCGAUCAAUUGCAAAAGACACUUCUUAGAGAGAUCUUAAAGGAAGAAAAUCUCUCCGUAGAUUUGACUUUUGUUCGAGAAAGGCUCAGCCGUACAAAGGUUCUCAUUGUUUUUGAUGAUGUUACUGACCCAAGGCAAAUAAAAGAUGUAGCUGCGGAUAAUCUUCUGUACGGCAAUGGAAGUAGAAUCAUUGUAACAAGUAGAGAAAGGAGCGUACUCUUGAAAGCUGUUAGUGAUGAAAAAUAUAUAUAUGAGGUUGAGAAAUUAAAAACUGAUGACGCUCUUCGACUCUUUCAACUUCAUGCUUUCAAUGAUAACUCUCCUAGAGAAGAGUAUACAGACUUGUCAAAAAGGGUGGUAGAAUAUGCUGGAGGCAUUCCACUGGCUCUUGAAAUUUUGGGUUCCUUAUUCUUUCCAUGUAAGAGCAUAGACGAGUGCGAAGAUGUAUUGAGAAAACUGAAAAAUUAUCCCAAUGCAGAAAUUCAAUAUACGUUCAGAGUAAGCUAUAAUAGAUUAGAAAGAGAUCAGCAGGAGAUAUUUCUUGAUAUAGCAUGCUUUUAUAAAGGGUGUCAUAUUGAAUAUGUAAAAAAAAUGGCAAAUUUUGGCCAAAAGCAUGGUGAUUUUUGUGCGGCAGAUGGAAUUAGAGUUCUCUGUGAUAGGUCUCUCAUAUCGAUUGAUUCAGAACAAAAAACCAUAGAUAUGCAUGAUUUGGUACAAGAAACAGGUAGGGCAAUUGUUCUCGAACAAUGUAUUGAAGAGCCUGGAAGACGGAGUAGGUUGUUCAUUGCUGAGGAUGUCUAUCAUGUAUUGGAAAAAAACACGGGUACGGAAAAGGUUCAAGCCAUAUUCUUUAACGAGUCCAGCACUGGAAAGAAAAACUUGGAUCGUGCAGACUUCAAAAAAAUGUAUAAUCUGAGACUGCUCAAUGUUGAUAAUUCUAUGUGGCAAAAUGCUGACAGUUCUAGAGAGUACUGCAAAUUGAACCUGUCUCUCUCUCUUCCCAAUUCUCUUCGUUAUCUUUCCUGGAAGGGAUAUCCUUUGAAAUCUUUGUCCCCAAAAUUUUCUCCUGAAAAUCUUGUUGAGCUUCAUAUGCCGGGCAGCCAAGUCACACAACUUUGGAAUGAAGGCCAGAAACUUAUGAACUUAAAAGUGAUCAAACUUCGUUAUUCCAAAUGUCUAACUGCACUUCCAAACCUCUUGGAGAGUCCAAAUAUUGAGCACAUAGAUCUUUGCGGAUGUGAAAGUUUGGUUGAAAUCCCUUCGUAUUUUAAAGAUCUUGACAAGCUUACUUAUCUUGAUCUUUCGUGGUGCAAGAGUCUCGAGUAUCUUCCAGACAUGCCAGGCAACAUUGAAUUCUUAAGUUUAAGCGGCAGUGGCAUAAAGGGACUUGAUCUCACUGGUUGCACUAGAUUUUACAAAUUCCCUGAAAUAUUGGAGCCAAUGGAACACCUGAAGUUUCUUCGUUUAGAAGGGACAGCAGUUGAAGAGCUUCCCCAGUCUGUUGGAAAUCUAGUUGGCCUUCAAACAUUAGAUCUUGGUCGGUGCGAGAAACUCAAAGUUGUCCCAAGUAGCAUCUACAACUUAAGAAAUCUUAAAACUCUCAGCUUUAAUGGCUGUUGGAAACUUCAAAAUUUUCCUCAACCGACUGGCUCAGUUGGUUUGCUUUCUCUUGAAGUACUAGACCUCGGUGAAAGCGGAAUUUUACAAAUCCCUGAGGAUCUCAUUUGCUUAACAUCAUUAUUGGGUAUUAAUCUGAAUGGAACCAAAAUUCGGAGCGUACCCUCAACCAUCAAACAAGCUUCUCAGCUGUCUUGCCUCUUCUUAAUCGAGUGCACGAGCCUUGAAUCUUUACCAGAGCUCCCAGUGCUAAGUCGUCUUCAAGCAGAUGGGUGCAAGUCACUGAUGACAGUGUCAAGUUCAAUGACUGCAAUUACGCAAUGUUGGAAUAGAUAUCAAUUGCUUGAAGAGCAACUUCUCUUUUAUAAUUGCGGAAGGUUGGGUAAUGAUGCUGAUGCAAGAAGCAGCAUAAUGGUUGAGGCACAGCUUAGAAUCAUGCGAGUGGCAACUGCGUCUUCAAAGUUAAAAGAAAAGGAAGAUUACCAAAAGUUUUCUGAGCCCUUAGUUACAAUUGUAUGUCCGGGAUAUGAAAUUCCAAAUUGGUUCGUACAUCAAAAUAAGGGGGCUUCGAUAAAUGUCAAGCUUCCAGCAAACUGGUUUCGAAAAGGUUUCUUGGGAUUCGCUCUAUCUGUUGUGGCAUCCGGACACCAAGAUAAAUCGGGAAAAGUCGCAUCCGGACGUCAAGAUCAACCAGGUAUGCAGUUUGAGUGCAAGUACAAUUUCAAAACUGAAGAGGGUCAAAGUCAUGGAAUCGAUUGUCCUGUCUUUGUCCCGUGCAAGGGUGGAAAUGGUGAUGGUUGCAAUUUAGAUUCAAAGCACGUGUUCGUAUUGUAUAAAGACCUUGAAUAUGAAGAGGGAGUAAAAUGGUCAUCGGAUUUUUACUGCCGUUUCACUGAGGUCUCUGUUCACUUCGAAACGAAACCUUUCCAGUACAACUAUACGGUGGAAAAUUGUGGAAUAUGCCUGUUAUAUGCCGAAGAUGCUGAGAAAUUAAAAUUUGAUGUCAUUUCGCGACAAUAACAAGUUAAGUCUGCAGCAAGUGGGAGUGUUGAUCCUGAAGCCAGUGGAAACAACUAAUCUGAGGAAGCAAGUGGAAGAGAUGGCUCUUGAUGAAGAAAGUGGAAGGGAUGAAUCUGAGUAAGCAAGUGGAAGCGAUGAGUCAGAGGACGAAAGUGGAAGCUCUGAAGCAAUGGAAGCUGCUAGGGAGUUGCCCUCUUAAUCGUCUGAGUUCUUUGUAACCACUUUUUGUUCUGCAAUUUAUUUGUACUUUAUUUUGUUACAAGUUCUUUUUAACCACUUUCCGUUAUGUAAUUCAUUUGUCGUUUAUGUUAUAAAUAAUCUACGAUGGUUAUGAGGACAGUUCAUGUAUAAAUAUUGUACUCUAUGUACAUUUGAGUGUUAAGGAAAAUCACUUUUCUACAUGGUA